CUCGUCGUUCACGGCGGGAGGUUGAUGGAAAAAAAGAGGAAUGAAGUAGUCGCCACUCGUCGCGUGGCAACUCUCGAGCGUGCGAUAAUGCCACGGCAAUGGAGGUCGAAGUCACCCCAUGAUCUUCGCUGCUCGCUCGAUCGAAUCCCGCUGGUUCGUUACGGGUUUCGGGCCGUGAAUGACGCGGUUCCUAUCGACGCGACGUUAGUCGCACAUCCCGCCAAGUCGAAUCAUGUGAAGUAAGCCGCGAAGUGAAUCGCGGGGAACGCGCGACGCCGUUUGGCCCGAAGAGACCGUGAAGCUACAUGGCGACGUGCGAAGCGCAACGAUCACUCGUUCGUUCGAUCGAUCGGUCGAAAAAUGUUGAAUGAGAAGCGACGUAUUUGCUCGACGCGACUCGCCGAACGGAUUUGUCGGCGCGCGUGCGUCUAAAAAACGGCGACGCGGUUGCACCGGCAGCACGCGUGCAGAUCGAAUGGGACUUCGGCGAGCUCGAGGCUCGUGGUCGCGAGCUGCACCUGAUUCUAGUCCAAACUCCAAAAGUAUUAUUUAUUGCAGGUUCUAAGUGCAAUUACACACCAUGAGAGUAGCCCGCAAGAUUGGAUGCUCAGAGUAAUAUGUAUAGCGCCGUGACAGCUGACUGAUUGGCAGUGGAACCGAUACCAAAGCUGAUGCCAAUUGGGAUCAUGAGUAUUCAUAAGAUAAGAUAUACGCAUAGUGCAUUACAUUACGAUUGAUGCUACGAGAGUUCAAGUAUUACGGUCGUUGACACAUAGCAAAGGCGAGUGACACAUAACGAACGCCGUAUCAAAAAUAGAGAGAUAUAUAUAUAAGACGUCUCGAGUGUUAAAUGUACUUGUAACUGCACAGAUAUACACUAACAAGAAAGAUUAUGUAUUAUUAUAUUUUUUUAAUUCAUUGAGAGCCACUCGUAAGCCAUGACAGACUGACAAAUGCAUCUUUGUAACGUUCCUAUAAGGUAAGGGGUGUAAUACAGAUUAUUGAUCUCGCCCUAAAUGCACCAGCUGCAAGUAUUAUGGAGCAGAGCAAGGGGAAUGACGUUUCUAGCGUUUCGAAUAACGCCAAGGUAGACGUUUCCCCGAAAUCGAAGCAGAAGAAGAAGUCGCUCUGUCGCAUGCUCAUGAACAAGAAGACCAAGGUCGGCUGCCUGGAACCGUCGUACAAGGACGGCGACUCGAAUAAGAAUUUCAAGAUAGAAAACUCGCAGCACGGAUCGCAGACCAGCACCAAGCUGUCCCUAUGUUGCGCCAUGACCGAGCGCAGCAGAACACCACCCCAGAGCUUGACUGUCAGCAGACUCUCCCCGACGACGUUGAGCCGUACCUCGGUGAAGUCCGAGGUGGCUUCCGUCAAUGGGGACUGCCAGGCGGAUGUACUGGUCGAGAAGGAAGAAACGUAUGCCGCAAGCAGCGAUCAGGCAGCUGAGGCAACUCAGGCGGUAUCAGAGACCGUGAUCAGAAGGAAUAACGUAGCGGUGGGGAAGGAGCAGCGUCAUAGUACUUACAUAGAAGACUCGACGGAAGAUUCGUUCGAGGAUGAUUCGUCAGAAGAUGAAACUGAUCGUCCGUUUAAGUCUGACAAAAUUCUGCAAUACUUUAAGGACGAGUACUUUACCAAGGGGAAGUAUAUCACUUACUUCUUCCUCGAAAUGGAACGGCAGUUCUACAAUCCUACAGACGUUUACAGUAUGAUUCAAUAUCAUGAUACUGACCAAAAACCAGAGAAAGAAGGUGAAAAUUCCUCUUCCGGAUCGUUAUCGCCGAGUAUAUCUGGACAAUUGCGACGUAGGCUGCUACACAGGAGAUCUGCGGAUAACUUGAUGAACUCACCCACGAAUUCCAUGAGGCAUUCUAGUCCGGAAUCUAUUAAAAGUGCACCGAUCCAGAAUAAGCCACGCUCGACGUCACACGAUGCUCUAUCUAAAAAGAAGGAUCGCUACUUCUCCCAGAUGACAGGGGCUUCUAUGGAUAGUUUAGCUAAACAAUCAUUACUUGCUGCACAAGUACUUAAUCUGAUUCCCACUCAGAAGGCACGAGAGAGGAAUUUCCUUCACGGACGAAUUGCCGCCAAUUCCUUACUCGGGCCGGUGGAACUCGAGAAAGUGUUGCCGAAUCGAGAAUUUAAAAUCUUCAUCGGUACAUGGAACAUGAACGGUCAGACACCGCCGAAGGAACUAAACGAUUUCAUGUUGCCGUCCGACAUAGAGACCGUACCUGACUUAUUGGCCAUAGGAACGCAAGAGUCGUGCUCCGAACGUAACGAAUGGGAAGCGGCUCUGCAAGAGACCCUCGGUCCUUCGCACGUGCUACUCACUAGCAGUAGCCUCGGCACGCUUCAUCUCGCGUUAUUCCUCAGGCGAGAUCUGAUUUGGUUUUGCUCCAUACCGGAAGAGGACAGUUUUUCCACGCGAACUGGAACGGCGUUCAGAACCAAGGGCGCGGUAGCGAUAGCACUCAUGAUAUUUGGCACCAGCUUUCUUUUCGUCACCGCUCACUUAACCGCCCAUCAGGACAAAGUAAAAGAACGGGUGAACGAUAUAAAGAGAAUUGUCAGAAACCUCGAUCUGCCCAAAGAACUACCUAUCAGACACAAAAGCAAAGACGUGACGCAGAAUUUCGACUGCGUGUUCUGGUGCGGGGAUCUUAACUUCCGCUUGGCGCAGCCGAGGGAAGAAAUAAUCGAGUGGAUCACGAACACGUGCUUUCCGCAGGAGUCGCCGAUUAACUUGCACAAGGAUCAAUUAAGGGCUAGCCUGAACGACGGCGUGCUGCGCGGUUUCGAGGAAGCUCCGAUUACUUUUCCGCCCACCUACAAGUACGAUCCCGGAACGCAGAAUUUCGACUCGAGCAACAAGCAGCGCACACCCGCGUACACGGACAGGAUCCUCUUUAAAGGGAAGGGUCACACCAGAGGCUACAUCAGACGCGUCAGUCACGAGACUGCUAGUUCGCACAAGGACGGGGUUAUAGAAUGCCUGGUGUACGACUCCGUUCCUAGUAUUUGUACCUCGGAUCACAAGCCAGUCUGGGGAGUUUUCAAAACUACAUUGCGACCGGGUAUAGAUACUAUUCCGCUUGGCGCCGGUCUCUUCAAUCGCGAGGUAUACCUGGAGGGCAUUAGGAGGCGCGCGGCCGCGAUGGACGACUCUCUUGGGACUUCGAAAGUUUGUUCGAUCCAAUGAGGAGGCCCGAGACCGUCGCAAGCGCAUCAGCACGAGUGGUAAUGUAUUUGUAGAUAAGCUACUUGCCCGUUUCUUCGUACCUCAAGUGGUAUGAGAAAACGAUCGCCUGUAUCGUACUGUAUCUAUACUCUCAUGAUAGAUACUACAUUUCUUUUAUACAAUUUACGUAUCUACUAAGUCUGUCCAUUUUUUAUAGCGGUGAUGGGAAACAUUUUUCUAGUAAAAUAUUUGUAUAACUGAUUACUCUAUUAUACUAGUGAACACCGUAAAAGUCUAGUCAAACAGUGAAACAAAUAAAUUGCUCGUUUUGUGAUUUAUAAAUGAGGAUAUAACGAUUUUAUAAAUACUAGUGUGUCAUUGGUAUACUUUAGACUCGUGCCACAUGUAUUAUGAAAGAAAUAAAGUAUUGCUUGAUUCGGUGGCAUUCUCGGUAUGCCAAAAACUGACAAAACCGUAAAAAUGUUCUUUCUAACGCUGUAAAAUUUAUUAGAUAGAUAAAUUUUUGCGGUUUGUAUUGCUUUAUAUGCAGAGUUUAGUAAACUAAUUAAUAUCUUAGAAAUUUGAAAAAAAUUACAAGACUUUAUGCGUAAUGUUUCGUAAGAUGAGUUUACGAACGCAUCAAGACAUACCUUAGCAACAAUUGCCGCUAUAAAUGGAGCGAUAAAUCAAUAUUUAUCAAGUACAGUAUCCUUUAAAGUAUUGAAUCUACGCUUUGUUAACUUCAAAUUAGUGAUACAAUUUUACGUUCAACUUAGAUGUAAUGUAGAUCAUAGGCCAAAUUACUAGGCCACUCAUACAAUAUCAAGAAUUAUAUUAGAAUUAGUCGCUAAGAUUUACAUGAUAUUUUUGUUUACUAGUUAUUUAUAUUAUUUAUUGGGACCAUCCAUUUGUGUCAAAUCUCAGAGCAAAAUUCAAAACUAUAGAAUAUUUUCUCUCAAGUAUUGUGCAUACAAUAAUUAUGUUAGCAAGCAGUUGUUAAAUAGUAUUGUCAGUUUGAAUAGCGGCAUGUUAUCCGUUUCAAAGAAAAA